AAAUUAUUAUUUUUACUUCUAUGGUUAUUCGUGAUGGAAAGGAUUAUAUCGUAAAAACAUCCUUAAGAAAUGGGAAAAUGGGAGUUGACAAUGGAGCCUGUUCAGGAGUGGGGCGAGGAGCAUGAAGACGGGGCGGUGUUCGGGAUCACCCUGCGCAGAGAGCCGGUCCUGCAGUCAGCCGAGCCCACAGAGGCUUUCGUUCAGUACCGCACAUGUAAAGUGCGCAGGUUAAAAGCGGCCACGCUGGACAGGCUGGUCUCUCACCUCCUGGACCCCUGCUGUCAGGAACAAGACUACGGCAGAAUACUGCUGUCCGCGUAUCACACGUUUACCAGCUCCAACAAACUCAUCGAGAUGCUCUUCCAGAGGGACAACUCUUCGCUUGACAGCACCAGUUACCCUGACAGCUGUUUGUGGACUUUGCUCCAGAUGUGGUUGGACGAGUACAGUGAUGAUUUCAGGGAUCCUCCCAUGCACUCUUCCCUGCGUCUCAUGUGCUUACAGCUGAGAGGACACCCCUUUCUCUUCCCCCUGGCUAAACACUAUGAAGCGCUCCUGAAGAAAUUCCAGACUGAAGAUGUUGUGGCAGAUUGUCCAGUUGAUUAUAUAGAAGAACCAGGCUUGAAUAAGGAGGCGAAAGACGUUGAGUCAGAUAACCUUGCAGAUUUCAUGGAUUUCUCCAUCACAGAUGUUACAGAACAGCUCACCCGUGUGGAUACCGACUUGUUCAUGAAGGUGGUCCCUUUCCAAUGUCUGGGCUGUGUGUGGUCCCAACGAGACAAGAAUGAGAACCUCUCACCCACUGUUUGGGCCACCAUCACCCAGUUCAAUGCAGUCACCAACUGGGUCAUCACUUCUCUGCUCCAUCCCUCAUCUUCUGCCUCUUCCUCCACAACCGCAGAAAGAGCCAGAGUCAUUGAAAAAUGGGUUCGGGUCGCACAGGGGUGCAGAGAGCUGAAGAACUUCUCCUCUCUUAAGGCCAUUUUAUCUGCCCUUCAGUCCAACCCCAUCUACAGACUAAGGAAGACCUGGUCUGCUGUGAGCAGAGAAGCCGUGUCUGUCUUUGAGAACCUGACCAAAACGUUCCCUGAUGAGAACUGUGUUCUGACCAGCCGAGAAAUCUUUGUGGAUGAUGGGAGUCAAGAUGACAUGGAUAACAAUACCACAAAAACAUCCAAAAGAUGCCCUCUAACAAAACAGAUGAGCUCAGCUGGAGGAACAGUUCCAUACCUGGGCACGUACCUUACAGUAUUGAACAUGCUGGACACUGCCCUGCCAGACACUGUGGAGGGUGGCCUCAUUAAUUUCGAAAAGAGGAGACGGGAGUUUGAGAUUUUAAGGCAGAUCCGUCAGCUGCAGGCCUCGUGUUCUCAGUAUGUUUUACCCCGUCAUCCUCAGAUCGCCGCCUGGCUACAGAGUCAGAAACUGCUGUCGGAUCAGGAGAGCUAUGAACUUUCCAGACAGCUGGAGACUCCUCAUGACACUUCUCCAUCUAACAGCGGCUGGAGUCACCAAACUCUCACCAAAAAGCUCUCAUCGCUCUUGUCAGGAAAUGAGGGCUCGCGAAAGAACGCAGAUCAGAUCAGCGUGUCCUCGUCAGGAUCCAGCGGCUCUGAAAUUGAGGAAUCACCGUCUCUUUCCAGUUGCGUUCAGAACACGCCCAAGGGUUUUCCCUCGUCUUCCUCUCCUGAUUCCUCUACCAUGUCUAGUUCAUCCUCCAGCUCUCACCAGGACCUCAGUCUUAAUCCAUCUUCCUCAUCCUCGUCUUCUCCAGCGUCAGCUAACCCUCACCUGGUCUCCUGCCAUAAGCGCUCGUUCUCCAUGACCACCCUGCCCUUCUACAACAGACAGGUGGACGACUCCUGCAUCAUCAGGGUCAGCGUGGAGUUCUGCAACAAUGGCAACAUGUACAGGAGCAUACUGUUGACCAGUCAGGAUAAGACGGCCCAGGUGAUCCAGAGAGCUCUGCAAAAACACAACCUGGAGGAUGUUAGUGAGCAGGAUCUCACCCUUGUACAAGUCCUGGCCCAAGGCAGAGAGUUGCAUAUUCCAGAAAAGGCCAAUGUAUUUUACGCCAUGUCUACAUCAGCCAACUAUGACUUUGUUCUACGGCGAUGCCCAAAAGGCCAACGGAAGCAACUCAUACGCUCAGUUUCACUGUCAUCAGGACGAGCAACGAAAUAACCGCGGAUUCAGCCUCGAUUUCUGACGGAUUCCUAUUUCCUGUGCAGUUGUUGAAGACACGUCAUUCAGACACAAAUGGAGAUGUGUGAGAUCGAAAACAAGUCAUUUGAAGACAAUAAAAGACUAUUUCUGAUCCACAUUUCACCUUGGGAGGUGAUGCAAACUUCAUGAGACGCCGUUCGCAAGCUAUUGUACUUCCAUAAUGUAUUUC